AUGAGUGAUUCAGACGAUCAAGAGGAGAGAGAUAACUUGGCCGCGAGAGAGAUCGCGCUGGCCGAGCAACACGAAGAUCCGCCGGAUCCGAAUGCCGCGCACGAUCGCGCCAAUGAUGAUGAUAGAGCGCGACACAAUGAAGAAGUCAUGGGAGACUUCGAUUCCAAUCCAACACUACUAAUCAAUCGGAAUCCCAUCCAGCCGCCACUUCCUGAAGGAAGAAGCUAUGAGAUUUCACCGGAGAUCAUUGGUUUGGUGAAACAAAACCAGUUCCAAGGAAAACCCCAGGAGAAUCCUUUGGAACAUAUUGAUGCUUUUGAAGAAAUCUGUGGCACCAUCAGUGCAGGAGGUGCGCCCAAGGAGUACUUAAAGUGCAAACUAUUCUCUUUCACUUUGACAGGGAAGGCUUUGCGCUGGGUUAAGUCUCUUCCAGCUCAAUCCAUAACCACAUGGAAAGAGUACAAGGUGGCAUUCCUAGCCAGCAAUGGAAAUUUCAUGACCAAGACAGUUACUGAAGCAAAGAUUUUGAUUGAAAAUCUAGCCUCAAGCGACAGUGACAACUUCAUUGGGCAUGAGAGAGCAGUGAAGGCCAUAAAUUCUGAUCCAUACAGAGAUGGAUACAGUGAGAUCAAAGCCAUGAUGGCUGAGAUACUGAGAAACCAAGGAAGAGAAGUGGAGAGACAAAGAGAAGCUUAUAGAGUUGAAUCCACAAUAAUUCAAGAUUACUUUGGAGAUUUGAUUCCAAGUUUCAAGAAGAAGUAA